CUGUGAGCUUCGCUUACAAAGAAAUGAAGGAUGUUUUUCUUGAAGUGCUGAACGUGAAGUCUCUGAAUGAAAAGGCUCACUGUAACCUGUUUGUUUUCUCUGUAUCCGCUGUCUUAAUGUAGCUAGGUUGAAUGUGCUAAUCUUCAGAGAAUGUGGUAGAAAAAAGGGCUGCUUAUGCUCCUUUUUUAACAGGAAUGUGUUUAGCUGGCAUGGAGAGCUGAGGGUAGGGAAUAGCAGCAAGCACCUGUUCGGAUAUGAAAAUCAGAUGUUCAGUCAGUUUCCCAAAGGUUUGGUUUGUGUCCAGGCAGUGAGUUGCAGGUCAUAGUAUGUCUAGCAAGACAGAGAAUUUUUGAGAAGUGUGCCUCUGCUAUCUUAUAUGUACAGAAUUUAUUCCAGGGUUAUGCGGGAUGAAUGGUACCAUUUCUUGAAAUUUGCAGGAUUUGACAUGAAGUACACAGUUCAAUGGACUGCCUAAUUCUCGAGUCUUACAAUAGUUCUGUUUGCUACUGAAGUGCUCCUUGAAGAGCGUUACAGCUGAAGGUUAAUGUCACCAGCUCUGGAAAUGGGAUGCCUUCCCACGACUGCUGUGACCAAGGAGGCUUUUGUCCUUGUAUUGUUUGCUCUGCUAUUCAGGGGGGCAGCUCAGGAAGUUACCAUGCUAAUCACUCCUUUUGUUUUCAGAUCAUAUGAUAUACGAGGUAUCCAGUUGUCUUGAAGUUAACACCAUCUGAUACUCAGUUUCCAAGGAGAAAACCAGCGUGGCUAAUCUGGGAGAAGAAUGAUUAAUUGUAUUAUUUACAGGUUGAGGAAAUCUUCAUUGUAAGCAGUGACCAUGGCAGCUGCCCCAUUCAAGAGAAAUGGCAAAAGCAACUAUGCUUCUUUUUCUUAAGACAGACAUCUGAAACAAGGCUGUGAACUCAGCUUCAGAUAGGCUCUACCUGGGUGGACUAGUGCUGCUGCUGGAAGUUUUUUUGGUAGAGAUGCUUCAGUGCAUCAUCUUCGGGAGAAGGUGAUGAGAGAAGUGCUAGUGCUGCAGCUUCUGAAGCAACUCAGAAGAGUUCUUGACCUACAGGGUAUACCAAAAAGCCCAAAGCAGGGAGGGGACUGAUCUUUCUGAGUUCAGAGAUAACAGCAUAUGCAUUUUAUUGUAAGUAAAUGAGAUGGCAUAGAAGAAAGUGACUUGUAAUGCAAACAACUACAGAACUCCUCAUAGUGGAAAAAAAUGCUAGAGUCCUAUCUGUAGUGAGAAAAUAGCUGGAAAGGCACAAAAUGUUUCCGGUGAUUGACUUUGAUAGUAUGGUACUUACUAAGCAGUACUUGCUUCUGCAGGGAAAAAAACCACAGGUAUCUAUUAGCUGGUGCAGAGGCUUUUUGGAAACAGCUGGACUGAGCUAGAUGGAAUGUAGCUACUAGCCAGGAGAGGAAGAAAAGGAGAGAAAGCCCACUGAUUUUGUCAAGGAUCUGUAAGGUCUUAUUCAGAUACCAUAAAAAGCUUCUAAGAAAAACGGGCGAUAGGCUAAAUUAUAAAUGCUCAUCUGGAGGUGGGCUUCUAGAUCAAGAUUAUGGAUAAUGCAUCCAUGGCAUUCAUGGCUAUGAAGCUGUAAAAUUACCAGCCGUUGUUCAAGUUCCUCAGUAAGUCACUAGAGAGAGCAUUACCUGGAAAGACGCAGUCACAGUAAGCCUUGGCAUUAUAGGAGUGCAUCCAACAGCCUCCAAAAGGGGAUAUAAGUCUUCUCCAUCCCCUUUUUGCAUGAUUAGGGGCAGUGACACAGAGGUACAAACCAAGAAGAAUUGAUAAUGAUGCGGCGCUUAAAGGAAGCAGAUUGGGUAAGUGUGAAGAAAUGAGCAAUAAGAUUUUCUCAUUUGUUUUGAAAGUGGAAGAGGGAAAGACUCUCAAGAAGCUGAAGGACAAAGCUUGAUGGAACAAGAAAUGCUUGCAGGUUUUCUUCAGGUUUGGGCAGCCAAUAAUGAAAAAUUGGCUACUCUGUGCAUCAGAAUCUGUGAAAUCUGUGAGUGAACACUUACUAAACUUAAACUGAUAGCUCAGAUGUUCAAAAAAAUCUGUAACUAGAGAACAGUUUAUCCUGGAUUGUCUUUCAAGAGGAGAUGGUGACAGUGAACAUACACCCCCACUGACAAAUGAGGAAGAUUGGCUCUGAAAAUUAGCCCUCUAUUAACUCAUCCUUGCACUGUUUUUAUGAUGAAUCAAAUGUGAUGACAAUCAUUAUGUGUAAUGGGGAAAAAAAGGCAGUAAAAAUGCGUACAAGUUUGAUUUGAAAGAAUUCUCUUAAAAAUUUGUCAAGAUUAGAGAAACGGUGUCUGGAAGGCAAUUUGCAAUGAACGCACUGUGUUGCCUCCAGAUGCUGGCACAAUAGCAGCUACAUUACUUGGAUUUCCGAGAAAGGCAGGAUGAUCAGGAAAAGAAGAAUUCACAUCAGUGUAGAAGUACAGCUGUUGAGGAUAAUGGCUUUCACUGUAGGCAGCGCUUCCUCCCAGAAAUGCUAAUAGAGAGGUUGUUGCAAGGCAUCCCUCCCUUAGUCUGCUAUUCCUAUGCAACAGCUUGAUGCAUACUAAUGCUAUUGAAGAACUGAUUCAUUUACAAAUGGUUUGUGAUAAGCUUAAGGCUGCCAAUCUGAAAGUGAAUCCAGGGAAGUGCAGUGUGUUCCACAAAGAGUAAUUUAUCGUGAACCUGGUAUCAGGGCAGAAGGAGGAUUUUUAUAUCAACGGAGAGGAACAAGCUGUGUGGCGCUGGCUGACUCUCUCUGGUGACGGGAAGCUCAUUUGCCAGCUUGCUAAUCUUGCAAAAUCAUAGCAGAAUUUGGAUGAAAAGAUGUAAUGCUUUCAGUCACCAGCAGGAUACAAUUUGGGUUUUCUUUUCAGGCUUGAAAGGCUCUUGUGUCUGUUUCUGUCUUAGCUUGCUGAUUUUUUUCCAAACCUCUUUGACUAGUGGUCACAGAUGUUUGUGGUUUUGCUUUGGGUGUGGGUUUGAUGUGAGAAAAACGCAGGACUGUCUUAAAAGCGUGGAAGCUGAUUACAGCUGAAGUGUGCAUUCUUCAAGGAUAAAUGGCUGUACCAGUUGAAAGGGACCCCUGGCAAUGGCUACAGCUGUGCAGCAUCUGAGAGAAAAUGUUUAAGAACACCCACAAUUACUCAUUAGACUGGAAAAAUCUGAAAGGCUGGUUUCCAAAUAGCUGGAAAAAUCCCAGCACCAUCAGGCCUGGGCAGAAGCAUGGUUGUGCCCUACAGAGGUGAGCUUGUUGACAGGCUAGUUGCUCAAGCAGCGACAGAGUGGAAAUGGCUGCCCGGGCGUGCUCAGGAGGAGUCGCCGACUCCUCUCUCUCUAAUUUACAGGAGGGCAAACGCUACAGAGGAAAAAACUGCUCGAAAAGAAGACUAGCAUGGGACGUGUUUAGAAAACCCUUGAGCAAAUGGAGGCACCUUGCUAAGAAAUCUGAUUCCAUUACUGCCAAAGGCGUUUUCUGGAUGCAUUGGCUAAGGUGAAGUUUAAAGAACGAUGCAACAAGAGGUGGCGAUUAGCUAGGCAGUCUGCAGCUGUCUCAGAGUCUCAGGACUGAAACAAAAGCAGGAUUUCUGUAGAGUAAAACUUUGGCAAAAUACAGAAAAUUGCUGAAAGAAAUACAGUGUUUUCAUUGCACAGGAGGCUUCCCAUGGGACGUGGGAGUCUCGGGGAAUGGUUCUGUUUCGGAGACAAACGUGUUGGUAGCAGUGGACCGCUUUCUAUAAGUUUGUAAGUCAUAUAGUUAGGAACCAAGAAAUAGUGGGAAUUAACAGAGGGACAGUGAUUGCAGUGAGCUAGUUCUUCACGCAUGGAGUGUCACAGGGUGGAGGGAGCAACAUUGCCUUCAGAGGAGCCCACAGAAUUUGUGUCUCUGAUAGAAAUGUGCAAAGAUCAGUUGGAUCUGGAAGGCGGAGUUGCACCAGAGAUUGGAAUGGGUUUGUGCUGCUGGUUCCUUUGAACUAUUUUCUUCAGGGCACUUCUGAAAAAAGCAGGAAUUUUCAGGGAAGCCAGGACCUGUGGAGCUGGAUUGACAGAAGAAUGCGAUGAAUUCAACGAAUGGAGAUAAGCAUUUUUGGUCCUUAUCAAAUAAUUUUAUCAGUGCUCUUCAUUUAGAAGAUGAAGUGCUCUUCAUCUUUAGAAUGCUUUCGUCUUGGUAGCUUUGAAAGAUAAAUCACAUCUUUGCUUUGCUGUAACCGUGAACAGCAAUGCAAGGACUCAGUGUUUUGCUGUCUUCUAACAAGGUGAACUUUUUGGAGCAAACAUUGAUUUCCCAUCCCUUUGCUUAACUUUUCCCGCCGUGUUUCUUGCUGUAGAUGGACUGAUAUGAAAACAAAUACAGGAUUAAUACAGGGUAACUCCAGCAAAGUGUAAUGGGGAGUUAAACCUAAACCACGGGACUUAUCAGGAGAGGAUUAACACACUCUCCUCAAACCAACCCAAACGACACCCCCCAUCUCCCCCCCGCCCUUCAUCCAGCAGCAGGCUCCCAGCAAAGUAACUGGGGAACCUUUCUGUUGGGAAGCAGAACAUGGUCCAGUUUUGUUAAACAAGUAACUUCUCUGACACAGGGUGGUAAGGGAUGCCUUGAGGAACCAGACCAGAUUUAAUAGAAAACGUUUACAUAGCUUCGAGAAGCAGGAAGGACCCCAAGCCCCCGCAGGCCAGCGAGGUCCCUGAGCACAGGCCGCCGAUGAACAGCAUUACUGUUUCUAAGAAACGCAGCUGGCUGCAGCAGAGCACGCACCGACGUCCUCCUCCGGAAGAAGAAAACACCUGUAAGGAAACACAGGGGGCUGUUACGCUGGUACCCAAAUCUCCCAUCCCGCUGCCUUCCGAACCUGCUGCGCCGUGGGCUCCUUCCACCUCCCCGGUGGGGUGGGAGCGCCCCGCGCGAAGCCGCGCUCCUGCUGGUGCCCUGCCCAGCACCGCAACCCCUGCUGCGCCACGGAGCGCUGCUUCGGACCUGGGGGAGGAUGACGACGCAGAUGAUGAAGGGGAAAUAUGGUACAACCCCAUCCCUGAAGACGAUGAGCCCGACUUGCCGAGGGGCCGCCCUUCCGCUGUGAAUAGCCCUGUUGCUGUGGGCUCCCUGGCGGUUCGGUACAACCCCCCCUCCGGGGGUGACUCUGGGAUGGCCGUGGGUCCCCACGAGGGUCCCCCGCGCUCCAUGGAGAGCGCGGGGAGCAGUCGGACGGCUCAGCCCAGCGAAGCGAGUCAGGCUGAUGCUGUGCAUCCCGGGGAGCAUGUGCAGCAGCACCGGCAGAGAUUUGCCUGCAAGGCUCCCAGUGUGCCGGCAGUAGAAGACAAUCCUACCUUUAAGUGCCCUUCAAUAGGGUCUGGAGUUGUACUUGCACACAAGGCUGAUAUACCCUCAACAGAGGUUUCUCCUCCAAGUCCCAGUCCUCUGAAAAAAAGCGGAUCAAUCAACUGGCCUUUCCCUGAUAGAAUUAAAUCUCCCAGGACUGUGAGGAAGCUUUCCAUGAAAAUGAAAAAGCUGCCAGAGCUGAGCAGGAAGCUGAGUGUCAAGGGAACUUCAAGCCAUACUAGCUCAGAUAAUCCUCCUUCCCUGCUGAAGGGUAGCUGCCGGGAUACAAGCCAUACGGUGUCUUUGCCAUCUUCUGGAAACUCAACCACAGCUGCCAGCAGGAACGUGAUAAGUCGUUACCAUCUUGACAGUAGCGUGUUGUCACAACACACCUACAAAAAGAAGGGCUCGAGGAGCUCCAAAUCCUUCAACAAAGGUGGUUACCUCAGUGAUGGUGACUCUCCCGAACUUAUAACAAAAUCAGGUAAACAUGGGCAUGAAACCAAGUGCGGGAAAGGAAGGGAGAGCCUUCCAAGUAACAGUGGUAAAACUGAAAUAGAUAUUGAUGCUUUCAGACACUACAACUUUUCUGAUCAACCCAAGUGCUCUCAGUACAUCUCUGGACUCAUGAGCAUUCACUUCUAUGGUGCUGAAGACUUAAAACCACCAAGAAUAGACUCAAAAGACGUCUUUUGUGCAAUACAGGUUGACUCAGUAAACAAAGCGAGAACAGCUCUGCUUACGUGUAGGACAACAUUUCUAGAUAUGGACCACACGUUCAACAUAGAAAUUGAAAACGCGCAGCACUUAAAGCUGGUGGUGUUCAGCUGGGAACCCACUCCACGGAAAAAUCGGGUAUGUUGUCAUGGAACCGUGGCUCUUCCCACUCUCUUCCGAGUGACAAAGACACAUCAGCUGGCUGUCAAACUGGAACCAAGGGGGCUUAUUUACGUCAAGCUGUCGCUCAUGGAGCAGUGGGAGAACUCUCUCGAUGGCCUCGAUACAGAUCGGGAGCCUGUGAUGUUCGGGGUAGACGCUCGAAAAGUUGUAGAGAAGGAAAAUGCGGGCUUGAUGGUGCCACUUUUGAUGCAGAAAUGCAUUGUGGAGAUUGAAAAGAGAGGCUGUCAGGUGGUAGGCCUGUAUCGGUUAUGUGGCUCAGCAGCGGUUAAGAAGGAGCUUCGGGAGGCCUUUGAGAGGGACAGCAAGGCUGUCAGCCUCUGUGAAAGCCAGUACCCAGAUAUUAAUGUCAUAACAGGCGUCCUAAAGGAUUACCUGCGAGAGCUACCCUCUCCCCUGAUAACCAAGCAGCUCUACGAAGCAGUGUUAGAUGCCAUGGUGAAAAAUCCCUUAAAAAUAACAGCAAACGGUUGUGAGAAUGACCCGAGUGACUCUGAGCACACAGCAGCCCUUCUGGAUUGCCUGCCAGAUGUUGAGAAGGCUACCCUGAAGAUGCUGUUGGAUCACCUGAAACUGGUGGCUUCUUACCACGAAGUAAAUAAGAUGACGUGCCAGAAUUUAGCUGUAUGUUUUGGGCCCGUGUUACUGAGCCAGAGGCAGGAGACCACGAACCAUAACAACAGAGUUUUCACGGACUCGGAAGAGCUUGCUAGUGCCCUGGACUUCAAAAAACACAUAGAGGUUCUUCACUAUUUACUCCAGCUGUGGCCAGUACAUCACUCGCCUGCCAAAGAGCCAGCACAUCUGAAUGCAUUUCCCGAGCACCCAUCCUCCCUGAAUUACCUGAGACCCAAGAGGCAGAGACCUCAGAUGCUGAAUCUGAGCGGUACUGAGAUGUCUGGGGUACUCAGACCAAGGCCAGCAGGUCUAGACAGCCCGUCGAGCAACCGCUAUGCUGGAGACUGGAGUAGUUGUGGGGAGAACUACUUCUUAAACCCAAAAGACUGCCUGAGUGAAGCAGACUACGAUGAUGUCCCUUCAGAAGAUACGGAGAGCGGGGAUGACAGCAGCAAAGCUGAGGAGUUGGAUGCCCCGGUAAGAUACCCGCAGCCCAUCCCCAGAGAGCACACGUUUCAGAGCUAUUUGACAAUGCAAGCAAUAGACUCCGCGGUGGAUCACAGAGCAAACCUCAAAGACCUGCAGGAAAGUAUUGAUACUCUGAUAGGAAACCUGGAAAGGGAACUCAACAAAAACAAACUAAAUAUGAGUUAUUAAAUCCUGUCCUGCGCACCGCCGCCUCCUUGUGCCUCCAUGCCUCUCGUCGGGCUUCCCACAGCCGUGUGAGGAGUGACGGUGCCCCUGAACGCCUUGGGGUAAGGCCACGGCCCACCUUGCGUUAACAAAUUUCAAGCCAUUCCGUUACGUUUCUGCCUUUUUGUUAGAAGAAGGUGUUGGCCCGAUGCGGGUGCUGGAGACAAGCUUAGAGACCAUGAGGUGAUUCCACGUAGUGGCAUUUCUCCCUAAAAAGACUAUGCACUUAGGUGGUUUGGGCAGUAGCUGACAGAAGAUAAAGCAACAUCUCUGCUGUCAGUGGCAGCAGAACUCCUCGUUCCUGAAAUCCUGACUCCGGUACAGAUGUUCCUCUUGGAAGAGGAUGAAAGCUGCUUGGCCUGAGUUUUGCAGCAUGGACUUCAGAUAGACUUGUUUUUCUAUAUAUGCGAUGGCUGCUAUGAAAAAUGCUUUAUAUAUAUAUAUAUAUAUAAAAAAAUAUUUAUAUAUAAAGUUUUAAUUGUACAAAUAUUAAUGUAUUCCUGUAUUAACACUUUUCAGUAAUUAUUUAAACAAGCAAAAAUUAAAUAUUUUUCUAACCUUGUUUGUAUAUAUCUAUGUAUAAAUGUGCAUGUGUCUGUAGCCACCUUUGGAAAGGAGAGGUCUCUCAGAAUGAUGAAACGGACCCAUUUCUAGGAAGAUGUGUUCAGUGAUGCCAGGAUGUCGUUACCCCUUGGGUAACACUGCGUUUGAUUUAUGCGCAGAAACAUGGCCAGAGGGAAGGCCGGGUAAAUGAUUAAUAUAAAUGACCUUGUGUGUUGCAGGGACAUCAGUUUGCAGGUGUUGACUAUUAACUCACUCUCACACCCCACCCACCCCCAUCUUUUUUCUUUCUUUUUUUUUUUUUUCUCUCCCCCCCUCCUCUCCAUGUUUUUUCAUCUGUAAAGAAGGUCUGGAAGGUACUUACUUUUAAGAAAAUACUUCUGGUUUGUCCUUGUAACUUAUUACUUUAUUCUUGACGUUUCAAUACUUCUUUAUUCUCUGGUUUCAUGUCUUUUUCGUUAAGGUACCAUUAAGGUCUGGCUGCUGAUAGUUAGACGUGUUUGAGCCCUCUCUGAAGGGCUGUGGCUCUAGCAAUGCAAGACUCAAAUUCUGCAGAAAGGCAGUUACUUUUUUCUCUGAGUCUUUUAGUUAAAUUAAUUUCCCCAAAAUGGAAACCUUAAGUUGUUACCUGGGGUUGAAUGGGUUGAGUGAUGUUACUCCUGGGGAGUUUGGGUGGGAUUGCAGUUCACUGUGACUCUAUUAGAUUCAGCUAUCCUCCAUCCUUUCGGGUCAUCUUUUAUCAUUAGUAAUUUAUGGCAAGUGAUGAGAAACACAUUCUUGGUUUAAAAAUCAUUACCAAAGUGCAUACAGAUGUUUUGAUAGUCCCUCUAACCAAAAGGAGAUACGGUGUCAUUCCUUGUCCUUCACAGGUCACCCCCAGUGAGGAAGGGGAGGUUGGGGCAGGUGGGGGCUAGAGGGUUAUGUGUUUUGAGAGGUCAAACACUGAGUUGCUGUCAGCUGGCAGGGUAGAACUUAAUUCUUUUCAUCUUUUUGGUACAAUGUUGGCAUCCUGCCAUGGCUUUCCGUUCACCCUGUGCCAGUGGGUAAGUGCUUUUCUGCUAACCCAUACUUCCUUAUAUUGCUUAAUUGAAGAGUUAUUUAUUUACAGUAGCAAGGAAUUAAGAAUUGCUAUGACAAACUUCACCCCUCUCUUCUAAGGAAUUAUUUUAGCAUGGUUUCAAAUGGUUUAUCCAAUCUCAUUAAUUUAUUUUUUAUAGGUGUUAAAAAAUGCAAAACAAUUAUUGCAAUAUAAUGAUAAUGUAUGAAAAUGUAAAUUUAACCUGAAGCAUUUAUCAAUAAAUCGAUGUAUUUUUUUAAACUUUUAUACCUACAGAAUGUGCAUACUUUUUAAACUAUAAAUUUAAAUUCUAAAUAAAAUUCGAAUUAAGAACAAAA